AUGUUCCUUGCGCAAAGAAACGUUGCGGUGGUUCUGCUGGCGAUUUUCGUCAGCCUAUCGUUAGCCUUACAGCGUGUGGACGAUACUGUCCCGAAGUCAAAGGAGCUUGGGCAGCAAACGAAACUGAUCGUUGAUCGCAAGGGACGUUUCCUGCUGCCUGCUGAUUUUGCCGUGAAAAAGAAACGGUACAGCGUCGGUACGCGGGGUGUGGGAACGUUCUUCCGAGCCUGGCGGAACUGCAUUGAGGAGGGAAAAAGUCUGGCCACCAUAGAAAGUGCGGAGGAGCAGGCAUUUUUGGAGUCGAUGCUACAAGCGAUUUCAGCGCGCACCCGUUACUGGAUAGCGGCUACUAACCUGGGUGCAGCAGAUCCUAACAUGUACACAUGGAUUACAACGGACCUACCGGUACAAACUGCACCGGACCCUGAGCCUGAACCUGAACCUGACAGCUGUUAUACACUGAGUCCAUCUGGAAAUUGGAAAAUGCAUGGCUGCGACAGUUCGGAAAAGACUCGUCCAUACCUCUGUGAAGAGUACUAUUAAGUGUUUGGGCACGUAAUAGAUGGUCGUGAUCAAGGAUAUGUGUUGCAAAACUAUGUAGCGAGCUUAGGAAUUUGGAACUAGUACAAGAAAUCAUUUUAAAACAGGUUCACGAAACCCUUCUCAAUAAACUAUU